AUGGCUCAAUGGUUAAGGACGCCAGCGAUUAAGUUUGAAAGCGCAAAACGAUACAAAAGGGUGUAUGCUUCAAAUCUAGAAUUUUAUAAAAAAGGAUUUGUGGAUGUAGACUUUUUAAAGGUUGAACACGACAGUGAACUUGAAUUGAGCCAUGAAGCGCUAAUUACUGGCUCGAAAGGGGAUAAUUUUAAAAUUAAAUCUCUUCCAACAGCAAACUACAUAUUCAGAAAUGAAACAAACCAAUGGGGUCGCGUAAGAAAUGUAGAGGAUGGUCAUGGCAUGAAUGUUUCUUUUUUUUAUGACAAGCCAUUCUAUCGAAGCUCUAUCACUUGGAACAACAAACUGCACAAAUGUGAUACAAUUAAUCAACACAUGAUUCCUUUAAAAACGAGUUCUUCCAAAUAUAAAUCGGACAUUCAAGAUAUUCACGUCGUUAUCAGGAAAGAAGAUUCCCGUUUCAAAUAUAACAUUAGAAAUGCAGUUCGUCCCCCGUACUUCAAAUUCACUACCAAACGAUAUACGAUAUUAUCCUUACGUGUCCCACUAAUUUCAAAUUCAAUUUAA